AGGCCAGGGGGUUGGCGGUGCCGUGUCAUGGAGGUUCAGUCUCUGAGCAGCCAUUGAAGGGGAAGGAACUGCGGCUCCGUGUGUGUGCGUGUGUGUGUGUAUGUGUGUAUGUGUGCGAGCGUGUGUGUGCGCGCGCGGGUGUGUGGACAAGGAGGUGGGGGCAGCUGAGUUAGAGUCCCAACUCCUUGGACUCCAUUUGCUAUUCUUUUCUUUCUCCUUCACACCUAUCUGGUGGUAGUAGGCGUUUAUAUUUGCAUUUCUUUUCAUUCAUUUCCAAAUCUUUAAAAAUUUUUUAGGGUUGGGGGUAGUGGGAAAGGCAGGAAAGGGGUAGGGAGGAGAGUAGUCGCAGAAGAGCAGGAGGAGGACAUGGAGAUGAAGAAGAGGAUUAACCUGGAGUUAAGGAACAGAGCCCCGGAGGAGGUGACAGAGUUAGUCCUUGAUAACUGCCUUUGUGUCAAUGGGGAGAUUGAAGGUCUGAAUGAUACUUUUAAAGAACUGGAGUUUCUGAGUAUGGCUAAUGUGGAACUCAGUUCUUUGGCCCAGCUUCCCAGCUUAAAUAAACUUCGAAAGCUGGAACUUAGUGACAAUAUAAUUUCUGGAGGCUUGGAAGUCCUGGCAGAGAAAUGCCCAAAUCUUACCUACCUCAAUCUGAGUGGAAACAAAAUCAAAGAUCUCAGUACGGUUGAAGCUCUGCAAAAUCUUAAAAAUUUGAAAAGUCUUGACUUGUUUAACUGUGAGAUCACAAACCUGGAAGAUUACAGAGGAAGCAUUUUUGAACUGCUGCAGCAAAUCACAUACUUGGAUGGGUUUGAUCAGGAGGAUAACGAAGCCCCAGACUCUGAAGAAGAGGAUGACGAGGAUGGUGAUGAAGAUGAUGAUGAAGAAGAAGAUGAAGCCGGUCCACCUGAAGGAUUUGAGGAAGAGGAGGAAGAAGAAGAGGAGGAUGAGGAUGAGGAUGAGGAUGAAGCAGGCUCAGAAGUGGGAGAGGGAGAAGAAGUGGGCCUCUCAUACUUAAUGAAAGAUGAAAUUCAGGAUGAAGAAGAUGAUGAUGACUAUGUCGAAGAAGGGGAAGAAGAGGAAGAUGAAGAAGAAGAGUGUCUUCGAGGGGAGAAGAGGAAACGAGAUGCUGAAGACGAUGGAGAGGAAGAAGAUGACUAGAUCAUUCUGAGACGGAGGCCCUAAUGUUCCUGGGUGUGCAAUGGAGUGAUCAGUUCUUCCUCUGUUUCUCUGUGUACAAUAGCUGUCCCUUCAGAAGAGAUUGUGUAACUUUUUAUAGGAGAAGUUUGGUUUUACUAUUUUUGCCUUAUCAUUCCAAAUAAGAGUUACUAGUAUGUUAAUGAUCAUAUUGUAUGUAGAGAAUAAUUUUCAUUGGCCCCUAUUGUGAAAUUCCCUAGCAGUUUAUUUAGAAUCUUAAUUUCUCUAAUUCAGGCUCACUGUAUUAGUCAUUUUUAGCUCAUAAUUAAAACAUGAUCGCUUUUACACAGGUGUAGUUUGGUGCAUUUCAUUCAUAAGGUUUUAAAGUUAUUUAUAAAUUAACUAAGAUUACAGUCAGUUGUAAUAUGAAAUAACAGUCGUUGCUUGAAUAAGCUGGUUAUUUUUUUAGAGGUGAUCCAGAGAUCUUCAGUUGAAGGAAAUGGCUUGUUUUUGGGCUAAGGACAUUUGCGUGCUUUCUCUGUCACAAGAGUAACUUGGAAAGGAGGAGCAGAAUAGUAAAGGUUCUACUCAGCAGUCUAGUUCAUGGGUUGUGUGGAGGUUCUGUUCAAUAAUGUAGUCCGUGGGUUUGUUGGGACUGAUAAGAUUUUAUCUUUGAAGGAAGAGUCGCUCAUACUAAACCUAUAGUCCUGCAGGCGAGCCCUCUCCUCAGGCUGCAGAUCACAACAUGCCAGCGCUUGGCUAGUGUUUUGCUUCUAGCUGUGAGCAUUCUUUUCCUCUCAACAGUUCCUUUAUGAUCACCUUCUUUCAAUGUGUUGCUCCCUCCUUUAUCCCAAAAUAAAGUAGGAAACUUGUGGAGAUACCCAGGAAAACUUCUAGUUUUAAACCUUACCUCCCUUUUCAGACCUGAGUUUUAAACAAGGAAAGGAAAAGAAAUGGACUGUCUUCAGAGGCACAGAUAUUAUUAUUGCUAUGAUUUUAUGCAACAAGCUGUGCUUAGGUCUUUCUUGGUUGACAACACCUCAGACUGCGUUUCCUGACUGAUCACAUGUGAGACUGUAUUAGGGGAUGAAGAGAGAAAAGCAGCAGAGGCGGCUUUGGGGAGCACAUUAGUGCUCUAAGAAGUCAGAAAGUUGCCUGUUGAUCAUUAUGAUGUGUUCAAGUGAAACUUUUAACUUGGCUUCUCAAAUGAUUUGCAUACCAUUCUACAAAGUAUUGAUAAUACUGAGUAGAACCUUUAAUUAUUUUUCCUAUAGUUUUAAAGCAUUGUGGAUGUGGAUAUGGCAUUUAAUUGAAAUACACUAGGCAGCUGGAAAAUCUUUUAAACUAAAUUGAUACUAAAGUUGACUUGCUUUCAAGUGGAUGUCCAUUAAAAAUACAAAAAAUCUGGGAUAAGUGUGAGUGUUUGUUUCCUUACAUGGCUACUAAAUAAAGUUCACUGAGUAGACGA